AUGCACGGAGACGACGAGUUUAGUACAAGUGACAUAGACGAGGUCUCAGAGGAUGAAGAUGAGACGGAAGAUUCGGACAGAGCUUCAAGGCACAUCUAUCUUAGAUCAGAGUGCGGUCUUUGCAAUCAACCAAUGAGCGGAGACGAAUGGGCUUUAGCAUUAAUUGGCGAUUCUACAGGGGCCAAGGCAGUGAGGUGCACUCGAAAGUUCCAAUUCCCCAGAACUCGUCAAACUGUUCACCUUGAAGGAGAACCCGCAUUAUGCCAACGCUACGAGUGUAGGUGGUCAAGGUCCCCUCCUUCUGUAACAAUACACGUCAUUUGUUAUCGCUUAUUUAUGAAGGAAUAUCGACAGGAGAGUGCAAUGGAGCGCAUAUGGGUUGCAUCAUCUUGGAAGUUCCCAUGGCUACAUACUCCUGUUCAACUUACGCCUCGGCUCAGUCUCGUUGACACUACCAAGGCGUCAGUGAGGACUUCUAUCGCAAGAGCCUUUGGGAUACCAGAACUCGCAACUUUGCCGCUAGAGGUUCUGCAAAUGGUCAGGUCUUAUAUCCCCGAUAAUCUCCUCUGGCGAUAUUCUCUCAUCCAAAACAUGGCUCAGGAAAUGUCAUGGCCCUUCCAAAAUCCCUUCGAGCCUCAACGUGAUGCUCCUCGCUUCGCUCUGGCAGCAGUGAAAGCUUGGAAACGUGAAUUGAAAGGGGUGGAUACUGUUUUCGAUGAGAAUGAAUCAGAGUCGUUCAUCACCAGACUUACUGUUGACUGUCUUGGCUUGAAGGAGAUCCAAAGAUUGCAAGAUUGGCCAGAGUAUAACCACAUUCGGUCCAAUACUUGCGCCUACGUUUUCUUUACACAAAAGCAAGCUGAUAGCUCUUUUAUUUCUUCAAAAUUUGGCCGGGCAUUUAUCGAGAAUCCUCAUGACUCUCGAGACUUCCACUUCUGGGACACGCCUAGCCCUCCCUUGAAAUGUUUGAAAAUGUUUCCAAGGCCAGAUCGUCCAGGCUCCAUCAGAUACCGCACUGUCGAUGUCCUCAAUGCCACAGGACUCACCUUCUUCUUUCUGAGAGGUUUCAUAAUGGCAGUUCACUCCCACACAGCGGACGCACCUGUUGCAGCACCAACUGUACAACAUUUCUCUCGAUAUGAGCAAGGCCAUAUGAUAUGGACGUACAUCCCUGUAUCCAGUACUGAUAUCCUCCUCCGGAUCGGCGUUGGGGAUGCCUGGCAAAGACAGAUAGAGGCAAGGACCUACCUCUUCGGUCCUUACCAAUGUUAUACUGACACCGCCGAUGUAUCGGGCAAUGAGCCAUCUGUGCUUGUUCAUAACGUACCAACUAAGCGAGGAGGCGGUUCACUCGGCAUAGUUACCGAGCAUAACUUUGAGAGUGAGCCACUGUUGUCGUUUCUUCGCUACCAUAACGAUGACAAGGAUCCCCUCGGUCUGGGCGGUAUCAACACUCUAGCUCCAGCGAAAAAUAUCACUCGUGCUGAUGUCUAUUACGAUCGCAGGAAUGGAUAUUGUAAGGGAUUGCUCCUGAAGUAUGCAAACGGUGCGCAGCGGGCAGUAGGGCAAUGCCGGAUUGGUAUUGACCCCUUCAAAGCUUACGAGGAGCCGUCUUGGUUCUGUUACCACGAUAGCUAUGAUUCAGAAGCAUUCGACGAAACCGGAGGUUGUGUAGUUGAGUGUACGACUGGCACGAAUAACCACGAGCAUGAACCAUGCGACAUUGGCGAGUGGGUGUGUAUGCGCGCACGAGCAGGACUGUAUCUUGAGUUCCUGUGCAACCAUAAGACAGACACUUUUGGCAUGUACAUUCGACAUGGUGAGGAAGAGGACGACGACUAA